AUGAGCAUCCCAAAGAUAAACCAAACAUAUUUGGAGAGUAGUUCUGGAAAUUCAAAGCCAGAGUGGACGCCUCCAUUCACAACCGAAUCAAUUAAUCGAGAUAUGACGGAGGGCAAGGACAGACCUCUCUGGCCCUUCUCUUCCUACGGUCCAGCCAAAGGAGAGCCAAAUCUAAUUUCGGGCCUUGAUGAGUCCCCAGAAGAGAUGCGCAUCAAGUUCUGGCAGGCUAACAUGCAAGGGAAUCCGGCCCUUUAUACCCAAUACGAAGCCACGCAGAUGCAACUUACGAAUAAUGCGUUCGACCGGAUACGCAAUGACCUCAAUGGUGCCUGGAAGCAGGCCGCCAUGCAGUCACCGAACUUCCCUCCAGAGAUGCUUUCGCAAGCCGGCUUGACGAGCUCAACACGUCCAGGCAACAAUGCCUUUGGUCAACCAAGCGCAUUUGGCAAGCCUGCGUUCGGACAGCCUGCAUUUGGAACAUCCGCCUUCGGAUCGUCAUCUCCCACAUUUGGCCAAACAUCAGCAUUUGGUGCGGCAGCUCAGCCAACUCAAUUCGGAUCUUCUGGUGGAUUUAGCGCAUUCGCCAACAAUCAGCCCAGUGCCUUUGCAACUGCCGCUUCAAUUCAGCCCCCCACAUCCAUCUUUGGGCAAACUUCCGGUCCUGGCGCCAGCUUUGGACAGCCGGCUUCGGGCUCGAGUUUUCAGGGUCCUACUUCAGCCUUUGGAAAUUCCGCAUUUGGCGGCGAAGGCACUCGAUCGGCAUUUCGACCAUCUGGAAAUAGUGGUGGGGGAUUCAGUGCGUUCUCAAACCCUGGUGGAAACGCAUCUUUUGCCGGCCCCCCCACAUCAACAGCUGGCCCAUUUACGCCUCCACAACCGGCAGGCACUUUCCAGCAGCCAUCCACCUUCGGACAACCCCAGACGCCCGUUUUUGGACAGCCAUUGGCAUUCGGACAAACAGGUACUGGUUCCACCUUCACUAAGCCCCAAGAACCUCCCAUAUCGGCGUUCUCUUCGUUCUCUCCAUCCCAACCUCAGAACGCUUCCGGGACAGUAUUUAUACCCAGGGCAGGACCUGCUCCCUUGUCCCCCGUUAAUUACCCUUUUGAACAAUUACUCCCCCCAAACUACAUUGACAUCAUACCAAAGGAUGCGCGAGCAAAGUUUGAAGCGCCAGCCUUCGUCUUGGGGGAGAUACCUGAAUGGGUACCCCCUCCUCAGCUGUCCUGA